CGCUUUUUUCUCCUGAAAUAAACAUGUUUAGAUUAUUCAACAUAUAAAAAAACAUUCCUCCACGGAUCUUCACCGGCUGUUAGCAUCUCGUAAUUUUGUCGCAAUGAGUCAAGAACUGCAGAGGCCGGAAGAGCAAGAACCCAUCAAAUAUGGUGAAGUUUUUCACGUCCAAGGUGAGCUCGCCAAGAAGCCGGUGUCACCUGGGGAUGCGUCGACGACGCAGGCGUUCGAGAACUCCUUCCUUGGCAAAACCCAGAAGAGAGGUGCAGCUGCUGUGAUGCACUCUGUGGCGACGUUGAAUGAGAAACUCGCACAACAGACUGAUGGUUCAGGAAAAUGUACUACGGUUUUGGAGCAAUAUAGCCAAGCAGUUUCCCUACCAUCGUUGGAAUCCGGUAAUCAACAGGGCAGCAAUCUCAAUGAUGCGAUCACCAUCGGCGAAGCACUUGAAGCCACAGCCCUCACGGCUGGAAAUAAGCCAGUGGAGUGGAGUGAUGCUGCCGCUAUUCAAGCAGCAGAAGUCAGAGCCACCGGGAGAACCUCCAUUAUGCCCGGUGGCAUCGCCGCCAGAGCACAAUCGGCUGCCACCCUCAAUGCAAGGACAAGCAGAGUUGAGGAAAAGAUCAAGUUGGCUGAUAUUCUCACGAAUGCGACGGUGAGGUUACCUGCCGAUAAACCGGUGACAAGGAAAGAUGCGGAAGGGGUGACCGGAGCAGAAAUGCGGAAUGACCCAAAUCUAACUACGCAUCCGGCGGGCGUGGCAGCAUCUGUGGCUGCAGCAGCUAGGCUCAACCAAAUUAAGUGAAACGGCGGCUCGGCUUGGAUUUGUGUACAUAGUGUGUAUAUAUAUAUAUAUAUAUAGCCAUGAAAGUCUGUCUCUUCAUUCUGCAAUAUGUAAAAAUAUAUAUGGUGAACCUUACCUUUUGUGUAUGGUUCAAGUAGGUCUCUAAUGUUUCAAUUGUUGUAACGGGGGUUCCAAGCCUAGUAACCUCAUUCUGAUUACUAGUUGGCACCUUCGUCCUAACAUCAUAUAUUUU